AUGUCUAGGGCACAGGCUGAAAGCGUCAUCAAGAAUAUCAUACGCGAAAUCGCGCAGGAAUGUGCAAACAAAGGCCAAGCUGUAUCCGAAACUCUGGUAGCAUUUAUGGUGGGUGAAUUGCUGUUUCUAAAUUUAUCUCGUUUUGUGCUUAUCGAUUAAAUAAUGUGGAUUUUAUGAUUUUAGGUCAAGGCAGUUGUUUUAGAUCCUGAUAAUGAGUUUAACGUGGACAGAACUCUUACGAAAGAUGAUGUACAAAAGCUUAUUAUGGUAUGAGAAGGCGAAUGUCUUAUUUGUUUAAGCUAUUUAUUCAUUUAUUUACCAGUCGCUCAAUACGGAGCAUUUUAGACCUCAACUACAAGAUUAAAGACAGAGAUUGAUAAGGUUUACUGAAAACGGGGCUACAUUCUCUCAACAUCAACAUCAAGUGAAAGUUUCAGUGUUGAGGAGGUCCCUAAAUAUUUCUUAUCUACUGUAUCUGUUAUGAAAAACAGUAAGCUUAACUGGUUUAUACACUUAGCAGCGGCCAUCCCUAGGGACGGACAGAGGAUUUUGUGAUAGAUGAGGCCUAGAGAUAUAGUAUGCAGUGGCAAUUGGGUGCAAUAGCACCCAUCAGGACUGCGAACAGCGCACUUCUAUAGGGAGUUUUGGGCACAUGCUCCUCUGGGAAAUUUUUUCAGAUUGAAGUUCUCUGAGAUGCAAUCAAGAACAUUCUGGAUACAAAUGCCUGGAUUCCAUAUUGAACAUGUAAUGCUAAAAUAUUUAAGAAAAAACACUCCCAGACAAAAGGGGGGGGCAGGGCAGGGCACUCUUGGCCCACCCCUAAAUCCACCCUUGAUCCCAGGGUCUUAAAUCCCCCUUACCCAAGAACUACAUUUAUUAUAUACAUACUGAGAAAUACUCACCAAAAAGCUAUGUCGUAAAUUUUCGUACGCAAAUUAGUUAUAGCCAAUCAGAGGAGCGAACGAUGGUUUUCACACGUGAAAAAAACGAUACGUCCAAUCAGAAUCGCGAACGAUGUUUUUUCACGUGUGAGAAAAAAUGAUACGUCCAAUCAGAAGCCACAGAGGUGUGCGAGUUUCACGCCAAAAUUCCCGCCUUUUAUUGCAGCUUGCAGCGCCGCCACACACAUUUAUCAACGAGAAAAGUUUUACUCAAGGAGUUUUUCGCUAAAAAAGUGAAAAACAUUUCGAAAUGGAGUGGAAUAGUUUCGUUUGUUUCACUGUCGAUAAAAAAAUACGGUAGAGAGCCGGCGAAACAACAGCGGAAAGGGAUAAACAGAACGAGGCGUAAGCUUUUGUUGUGCUUUUUGUCGGAGCUACUUUGCCUUUCAUUUAAGCUUAAGCUUAUAUUGAAACCGCCAUUUUACUUAAAUUCACUCAUUUUCAAUUGUGCAUUGAGAACAAACAGUUAAGAUUACUUAUAGUUCUUGGAUUAAACCUCAUAUCCUCACCGUCAUUUAUGUUUUUAACAAACGUUUUUACUAAAAAGCUGAUACUUCGUUUUUCGUUGUCAUUUUAUGCGGUAAGUGUGUAGCGGCAAAUUUUAGCAUUUUUGAAAGAUUUAAAAUAAAAAGGCCCAAAAAUGAUGAAUGACUCAGUAUGUAUAUAAUAAACACAAUACCACAUGGAAAGUGCUUUUUAUAUGCGGUAUUUACGCUUUUCGUUGUUUUUUGUAUCAGAAAUCUUACUCGUUCGCUGCGCUCACUCGUUCGAUUUCUGAUACGUCAACAACUCGUGCGUAAAUACCGUACGCCAGCACUUUCCAUGAAGUAUUCUCUAUUUCUCCACAAAAAAACCACCAUCAUCACUCCCCUAGGGGUAGUAGUUCAUUUGGAUAAGGGACAGGUAGGAGAGAACCCUGAGAAUGAGGUUGAAGGGGCCUUAGUCACAAAUUGCAGUAUUUUGAAAGACUUCCACAUUUAAUUUUAAUUUAGCAUGUGAAAAGUGAAGAAAAAGCAAAGGUCAUGUAAUUCUUUUUGUAAAAACAAACUAGAUAGAGGCGUAGUGGCAUGUUUUCAUCUGGUUGAUAGUAAGACAUUUGGUACCUUCUGUGCCAGUCCUGCCACCUUUUACAGGGUCAUGCUGUAACAUUAUGGUCUAUUCGCAGGAAAAACUAACAGAUUCCCAUGUUUGGAUAUUUUAGGGUAUUUGAAGAAUACCCACAAAAAUCCCAAAUUUGGAAGAGUGAGACAAGUCCCAAUCAGGGAACUUGGUUGGGAAUUCCCUGGUUGGGACUUGUCUCACUUUGUCAAAUUUGGGAUUUUUGUGGAUAUUCAUUAAAUACCCUAAAAUAUUCAAUAUUGAGAAUCUGUUAUUUUUUCCUGUGAUUCUGAGAUCUCUCUCCCAGUCCUUCUCUACUAAGUGCAUUACAAUUCCCACGGGACUUUCCUUGGGGGAUCCUGUUACAAAAGUGUAAUUUGUGACCCAAUCCCUCCAUCCCGGGUUAAAAAUUUGUAGCAAAUAUCAUAAAAACCUGCACCAUGCCCACGUUUGUCCCUGGGGUUGACCCCCAGGAUGUCUGCUGAUGAGUGGAUAAAUUUGCUUCCAUCUCCUCAAAAAGGUUUAUGUAUACUUUUCUUUACUUUACUUUUUAUACCUUUAGAUGUACAACAUGAUAACAGAGAAAAGAAAACAAAUUUGCCAGUUUUAGUUCACAUGGAAAUGGGAAAGUAGGGGUAGCUAGGGAGCAUUCCCAUAGAUAACCAAACUCAUCCUCACAACCAUUCUUUUCACUUACUGGCAGGUGGUAAAAGGUAACUCAUACCUCAGUGGUCACCCCUAUUAAUUAACCUUGACUGAACCUCCCCUGUUCUCCAUUUCUUCUAUAAUUUGCAUAGAAUAGGCUGUAAACAGGUUCUUGGUGUGGUAACUUAUAGGAGGAAAAGCUGAGCCUGGUUAGCUCGAUAGGUGGAGUUAUUACCAGGCCUCUAAGGCAGCAGGUCUGGGUUAUUUGACAUUAAUACCUUCUCUUUGUUACUUAGCUGUGUGUGGAUCGACUACUUGACUCACAGUCUCCAUCCCUGGAUACAGUCAAAAUGCAGGUGUAUUUUGACAUGAAUUAUACCAGUAGAGGUAAAAACAUGAGUUUCUUCUUGGAUUAGCUGCUGAACUCAGUGCUUCUUUGACAUUACGCCUGCAAGAGCAGAUACUUUUUUUGGCUUUUGCAGAAAGCCGAAAAAGGCAUUAACUCUCGUAGGAUCUUCUUGGAUCAGUUCUAGGCGUUGUUGUUUGUUACUUUCAUGAUUAACUUUCCACCUUUUCAUCUCUUGCUUUCUGGGCAACUCUUACCUAAGGUGUCUCUAUUACUCGGACCAUUUCAAAGGUGUACUUACAGUUAACCCGAGGCUUGUUUUAUUUCUGACAAAAACAACAUGAUUUACAUAGGAAAAGUAGAGUGAUUGUAUAAAAACAGGGUCAAUUUGUAGCAGUUGUAUUUUGUCCCAGCUAGGGAUGACAUUAUACAGGGCAAACUGAACUGUCACUUUGGAGCUGAAGUUAUUCAGCGUUCAGCAAUCAGUGAAAUACCCCUGCUGGUCAAUUUGAGCCUUGCAUACACAUGUACAAACCCAACUGUAGGCUGGACUUUCCCAGACAGUAUCACAGAGAAGAUGCCUGUGAUAUAGAUCUCAGUUUUUUUCAUUUAUUUCUUAUCCUCAAUUCUUUUGCAGCUGAUUUCUUGGAAGAGCACAGACGGGUUCUUGAUCAGCGUCUUCAGCCAGUGAUCAGAGAGAUCACGGACAGCCGCGCCAGGACACGAGAUGAACUAGAGGGUAUAAUAAUAGAAUUAUUAAUAUAAUUCAUUUGCAUGUUUGAGAUUGCUAAUGCUCCUGUUAGGUUUUACCAUUAAAUUUUUGAACUAUUUUUACUAGUGAUUAUCAAAAUAAAAAAAUUUCAAUGAACUCAUUAAAAUGGUUUUCCCUCAAAAUGUAAUCAGCCCAAGUUCCAACUCACUAUCAGCUAUUGUAAAGAAGUAAUAAAUCUAGAAAAACGUAAUAUUAUUAAUGCCACCAAUUUGCAAAACCCUGCAUUUGAAUUUGCACAGUGAUGUAACUGAAAUAUCAAGAAGCAUUAUCUUAAUUGAAUCUGAGGGCUUGUGUUUGUAGGCCUGUACAGAAGAAUAGUGUCAUGCGUUUUGCUACGCUCUGGUCUGGGUUCACCUACAGACAUUGCAGUUGUCAGAGAAGCCACAGGUUUGUCACUUUGUCUUGAUAGUUUUCAACAUUACAGGUUUCAUUGCCCAUCAUUACUUCGAUUUGGAAGACCUUUGAUUAAAGGGGUAAAUUGUGGCAGGUGUUUGAGACUGCCCUAAAAAGUAGUAAUGUGAGACUCUUUUAGCACCAAUAAACACUUCAAUUGUGCUGCCAAAAUAUGACACAAACAACAAACACUGAAAUUGACAGAGAUCUCACAAAGGAAUAGUCUGAACUGAGGUCAGCCCCCUUCAAAUAUGGGUGGCAAGUCAAGAGAGUCACUCUCACCUUGCCACCUGUUGGGUUGAAGAAGUGGCUAUCACUUCAGACUAGCCUAAAAAAGGAAACAAGGAUUAAUGAGCUAUAGUAUACAAUCAUCUAAGUGUGAAUGCGUAGUUAGUCACUGACAUACAUGUAAUUUGAUAGUGAGACUUCAUCUGCUGCAGUGCACCCAUCAGGUAAAGCAGGGCACAAGCAUCAUUCACUGUCAAUAGUUAGGAAGCAAUUUGUCCAUAUUGUUCAGCAAAGUAUUUGCAACUCAUUGAGUGAAUACAGCCAAGUGUACAUAAAUCUUAGGACGUCUAUAAUUUUUAGAAGGGCAAAGGGGUGUGUUCAGAGGUUUACCAAUCUUGUUGAUAUCCAAUUGCUUUUCCUGUGUCCUUUGAAGAAUUUUCAUUGCCGGCAUUUUUUUCAUUAAUUUUACAGCUGCCCUACAGAGUGUGUUUCCUCAAACAGAGCUGGGAACCUUCAUGUCUCUUAUUAAACGUGAUAAAGAAAGGCAACUAAAUGAGUUAACACUGAUUGUGACAGGAAUCAGACUUUUCAAUCGGGAGUGUGGUAAAGGAGGAGAAGGAAUUGAUGAUUGUAAGUUAAAAUGAAUUUAACUAUGCACACAGAAAGGGCUUUGUUUUUUGACAUAAACAGAUAUUUUUUCUUGCAGUUACUUCUCAAAAAGUAGAUAACAAUUCCAUCAAGCAAAUAUUUUGCUCGUUCUUGCAUUUCUUCCGUUCAGUUUUGGCCAGAAAUUCAGCUUUAGCUCAUGCCUUCAGGUAGCCGUGGAUGCCAUUUUGUUUAGUUCACUCUAGGCGGCUUUGCCUGGAAAAGAGGUUGUUCAAUGGUCUAUUGCUCAUGCAGUCUCGUUUCCGAAAUAUACCAAAUAUACCAUCGAUCAUCCUCAUUUCCAAGUCAAUACACUAGUGGUGGAUCCAGGGGACGGGUGGGCGGCCCAGCACCCCUCUCUUAUUUUUUGACCAAAAUGAGGCCCGAAGGGCUGAAAAAAAUUUUUUUGGAGACUGAGCCCCCCCCCCCCUCUUCUGUAGGUCUGCUGGAUCCACCACUGCAAUAUACUAUAUCUUCCAAAUUUGGUCAGUGGUCAGGUUGGUUAUGAAGAAUUAGCCGGGGGCUUUAAGACAAUCAGAAACGGUAAAAUAUUUUGAAUGAAUAAUAGUUAUCAUUGUUAUUUAUCUUUCACUUUGAGUGCCGGCAAUACUGAGGGAAGCAGUUCCUGCAACAACUCAAAAUGUCCAGGUGGAAAUUCAAAACACAACCAAACUGGCUUUUACUUACACUGGUAAGAUCUAUGAUUUCUAUUCUGGCAGUGCUGUCCUCCAUUGAAUAAUUGUUGAACAAUUUUCAGGAGUUGUUAUUAAUUUCUUUUUUAUGAUCUACAGCAAUAAUAGAAGAGACUGUCACCAACCAGAAGCCGUUAGAAGGACUAUCAUUAAAUUUGCUGAAAGAAGCUUUGAUCAACACACGGCAACAUGAAGCUUUUCUUUCCAUUCUGCUGGUAAACUCAGUCUUCCACUUUACUCCCAAGUGAAUUAACCUGCCAGCUUAAAGACUCAGUUUCUUCUUUCUCUUUUGACAGAAUGAUGUAAUUGGCUGUGCACAGCAAGUGGAGGCACUAGAAUCUCAGUUUGCUGCGAGAAUGGAAGCCUUGAAAAAUACAGUUCAAUCAAAAACUGCUGUUCCUACAGCACAAGUUUAUGUAAGCACCUUAAAUGUUAGCCUGCAGUAAUCUCUCAUGGGUUGGAAGAGGUCAGUUCCAACCCCAACCCCUGGGGGGGGGCACUGCCAUAUAUGGGCUAUAUAGGUAUGUGCCGCUGUGAAGGGUAUGGUUUUCAUGCAGUUUACUCUAGGAUAGGGUAUAUAAAUCAGAGCGUUUGGGUCUAGAAUAGGGUAUUAUUUUUCAGGAAACUAAUCAGUUGGUUGAAGAUUUUAUCUAGACUAGGGAAACAGCUACUCUAGGAUAGGGGGGAUUUGGGAGUUUACUCUAGUAUUGGGUAGCAAAAUUCAGCUGAAGUAGCUCUGGUAUAGGUUAAGGGUUCCAGGGUCCCAGCGGCACAUCCCCACCCAGAUAUUCCUAAAGUACCCCCCCGGGCCCCAACCCAUUGAAAAGAGCCAAACAGUGUGUUUGCUUGUCAGCAACUUUAAACGUGUAGUGCACCCGCAAACAUUUCCGUAGAUACCGAAUGCCCCAUUAACACCUACUAAACAUGUUUAAUUAAACCAGGUUUUAAAAAAUGGAAAACUUGAACACAGGGUUUCACACAGGAUUCAAAUGAAAUUCAACAUGUUUUUAAUUUGCACUAAAUUUGCAAUCCCUUUAAGUUAGUUGGAAGCUUUUAUGAAGGAAAGAAAAUUAAGUCGUGUUUAACUAAACUGCUUUUAAACGUGUUUAAGCUUCGGUGUGAAUGGUUAAGUCUUAACUUUAACAAAAAAAGUACUAAACAACUUUACAGAGAUUUUUCUUAAGGUAGAGCAGACACUAUUAGCCUUUUACACAGCCGCUCCCUUCCCUCAGGAAAAGCUCCGAUGUUUUUCCGGAGGGAAGGUAGUGGUUGUACGCAGGCUACGAAUCUCUAAGAUAAGUUGAGACCAAUUCAGAAGUAACCUGGGAUCUUUCAUUUUUACUGUAUUUUAGCCCCAGUUUAUUACACUGGCUCAUCUUUGGACUGGAUUUCAGGAUGAAAUGGUUCUGCUGAGUGUUUUGAGUAACAUUCUCGCCAGUUUAGAACCAUUUACUAAGGUAUGUAUCAUUUACAUGUGUUAUUUUAACAGUCUCUUCGAAACUCUUUUUUACUUUUUUUCAUGGGUUACGCAAAAAAGAGACAGAUAAUACGUUGAGCCUUUCUAGAGUUCAAAAAUUGUCAUACGAUUUUCCUUUAUUCAACUACGCCCCAAUGUUUAACCUUUUCACUUUCAGAAGUAGCCGAAUGAAAAAUUUACCAAACUUUCUAAAUUUCAUUUUGUAAAAUGCUGAGAGACAAAUAGUACCAUGUAAAAGUACCGCUGAAGAGGUUUCAUUUCAUUGCCCACACCAUAGAAUUUAGUUCCGACACUUCCGACAGAUGCAAAAGUUAGGACCAGCUCUUAAAAUUGAAACUCAUCGUUUGCUCUUGGACCAAGGGUUAACAGAACAUGCUAGAGUUGUUGUUUGUGGUCGUUUCGGCGUAAAGCAACUUUGAGAACGUUGUUAAAAGUAAAAGAAUUCUAAAUGAAGCAGCCCCUCUCCCCAGACUGCGUUUUGCUCGUUAUGCAAUCAAGAAAAUGGCAACUGGAGACUUAAAUUCUAGCCUGCGAAAAUAGCCGUUUCUCCUCGCUCUUCGCCGCUGAGGACGUUUCGCGAGGAAUAACCGCGCGAAACGUCUCCAGUGGCAAAGAGCGAGGAGAAACGGCUGUUUUCACAGGCUACUUAAAUUCUUCAGAAAAUGUGAUUUUGGGAGGGAACAAAACCUUAUACUUUGAGCGCGUAUUCGGUUUCUAUUCGAACGCGCCUGUGAUCUCCUCAAAAACCUUUUAAUAUCGUUACUGUAGGUGCACAAAGAAUUUUUGAGGGAAGAUGUUCUUCAGCCUUAUACCGAGGGAAUAGAAAUCAAAACUGAUGAUCAGAGGCUAGUCGAGGUAGGUGCUAAGCUUAAAAGCCGCUCAUGCAAAUUUCUGUUAUUCCUGCACAAAACAGAAUUGACUCCCUGAGACGCGCGAGAGCUCCAUGAAAAAUCAUUAGCUAUAAAGGCUACCUCUUUCCACUCUUUCUGGAAAAACGUUGACGUUACAGAAAGAACUUGUGUGCUUUGUUUCGAAGCAUCCUUUCUAUACUGCUCAAAUAGCCUGUGAACAGGCUCUCUGUUCAUCCUUUCGCCAAACAGAGAGGCUGUUAACAGGCUACUGCUCAAAGUGUGCUUAAGAUUGCCUUAUUCUGCCGAAAAAAUGCUCCCUUCAAAAAUCGCUUAUUCUUUGCAAAAUUUUCUCGACAGUAUUGAAGCCUAAGAUAGCCCUGAUUGACCAAGCGUAAGGUCAACAUGGCUGGAUAUUGGAUAUUACUGUAACUAAUACACCUUCAUUGGUUUUCAACAGACUUCCUCUGAGGACGAUAGAAUUAACGGCAAGGAGAUAGACAAUCACAAGAUUGAACUGCUCUUUCACGAGACAACGAAGAACUUUGACAAGCUGCCAAUACAAUACCGGGUAAGGAAUGCAGUAAACAUUUGGCUAUCUCCUUGAAAUGAAAGUCAAGUGAAUUAAACAUCGCGAGACCAGAACCAACUGAACCGUUAGGGGCUUCCAAACAAUUUUCGUGUUCGGAAACGAUUUGAGAUCAAUUUGUUGAAAAUUUCUUGAGGAUUUUCGGACAAAAAAUGAAGACAUUUUUAAAUUUUUACCCCUAAAGGUCACGAUUCAGUUUUUUUUUUCUGGCUAAUAUUAACCCUAUAAUUUUCGGAUCACUUGAUUCUCUGCAACUGUUUUUUAGGGAUGUUGUCUAUAUCUACCGAAAUAGUAAAAUACGUUUAACAAGACAACUAUAUUCUCGUGGUGUCCCAACCGGUAGGCUGUAUCAACUCAAGAGUAAAACGAUCUAGUUCGCCAGAAUAAUUGCAUCUCCCCACUGAUGAGCUUAUAUUUUCAUUAUGCUUCUUGUUCAGGGUUUCUGUGGCUGGUCCCUGGUUGUUUACGAUCGACUUUUAAUUCCGUCUAACCCAGCCAAUGGCGUGCUUCGUUAUAAAGACAACUACUACGCCUUCUGCGACAAACAGGCUGCUUACGAGUUUGCAAAUGCCCCAGAUAGGUAAGACUUAAUUGUUGAUUACACACACCACGAGAAUAGCAGGCGAUUUAUCGUGGUGUUCUAACGUGGUUACACUCGGGUUUUUUUUCCGCGGUAUCAGAGAGGCGUGGUAUCGGUACUCUCUACGUGAUGCGCGUCUUUUACGCGGGAAAUUUCAUAGCCACGUUUUUGAUUGGUUGGGUUUUUUGCGGUAGUGGCCGGACUCAGAAAUCUUCAGAAAUCCAAAGUAAACAUCUGGGAAGCUGUCAUUGGUUGUUUCCUUUGAACUUCAACUAGUUGCCAUAAAUAUGACCCACGGUAAAAUUUUUCCUCAAAGGAAGGUCUUAUCUGUGGCGAAAUACUCAACGAUAACCGCAAUUAUUACUUUAUUUGUCAAAUCCUUGUGAAAAUGGCUACAAAAAUUUGCCCCACUCGCUUGUUCUUUCUGGCUGCGCGUUUUAGCCGUAAAUUACAGUUUUUCACCUUUUGGUUUUUAUGUAGCUAUAUCAACGGUGUGGCAGAAGCAGCUAAGAAGUCUCCUGAACUCAUUCAACUACUUGAAUUGCACACCCAGUUUGCAUCUAUUACACCCUAUGCACAGGUAAGAUUAGCCUAUAUGACACUAUAACAUUUCUCAAACGGCCGCGGCGCUAUCCAGUUCCCCUUCAACGUGGUCACCUCUCCGAGUAUCAGUCACUACUGGUUUAGGCACAGGCUACCCAGACUCACAACAGCCCACUCAGCGUCAGCCGGCACUCAGCCCAUCAGAGUUCGAAGCAGAUACGUGCACUCGACGCAGAGCGCGAAAACAAGAACAACAACAAACAGGCAGCAAGAAAUUCACGUUUUUUGUGGUAUCCUUGCCAUUGGUGAACUGGCUCGAAACGUCUAGUCCAAUACAAACGCAGGAAUGUCCCAAAAACAAAACAUGCGAAAAACCUCUAGUAAUGUUAUGAUAUUUACACAGGGAAGGGAACCAGGCAGAAUGAUUGAGGCUCCAGUCACCAAAUGUGACAGUGGAACACAGACAGAUACACACUUUAUGGAGUCUAACAUUGUAAAGUCAUAUGAGUGGAACGAGUGGGAACUUCGGCGAAAAGCCCUGAAACUGGUCAGUGAUGACAAAUUAUACUUUUCUAUAACGCGUGCUUGGUGGAAACAACUCUCCAAUCAGAAUCUGAAUUUAAAUCUAGGCAAGGCAAUCCUUGUGGUUUGGGUCGGUUUCGUACGCUUUAGAGAAGAUCAACUGCUUAACUUAGCUAAUUAAGCAGUCGAUCGUCUCCAAAGUGUACGAAUAAAUUUCAUGUCGUUGAACGAACACACGAGAUAGCAUUGUUCUGAUUGUUACCAUCCAGAAAUCCCCAUCGAAUGAAAUAGGUGAGGGCCAUUCCAUUUAAGACACACUCCUUUACGAAGUACUUUUAAAAUUUCAGGGCUCAGAAAAAUAAUUCUUUUUCCCCAGAAAAAUGCAACCAUCCAGAAAUCCACAUCAAAAUAAAUAGCAGAAAUUUGCGAGUUGAAGUGUAAUUUUUUGUUUUUGAUUGAAUUUGUUUUACCUUUGAUGAAAUAAGUAAAGAGGAAGCUCAAAUGUUUACAUUUCUUAUCUAGGCUAAUCUUCGUACAAAACUGACACAUUCGAUGCAGACGGACUUGAGUAACUUUAGAAGAGAUAAUGACUCACAAGUCUACCUACCCAAGUAAGUGCUCUGAAAAUGUCCUUGAUAUUUUUACAAAUAAAUAAAUAAAGCUAACCUUAGAGUUUCCUCAAUCUGCGAAGCAUGGUUAUGUAUAUUUUGAACCAGAUACGACAGGGAAAACUGUUCAUGACUUAACUUUCAAGACUGUCUCAACUAAAAGAAAAAACAUGACGUCAUAAAAGCAUUUUUUGACGUCAAAGGUUUAGCGCGCGCUUGCAGAAAAAAAAUGCGCGAGAGCGGGAAUUAUACGCGCGGAAACUCGAAGGUACUUUUUGCCUUCUUUUUUAUGUUUUUUGUUUUAUGCAGUGGUUUAAAUUUAUUUUCCUCUGUUUCUAACUCAUUAUCAUACUGCACUGCCAGACUCAAAAACAAAGAAAAAUAAUAUUUAAACCAAAAAUGAAAUUGAACCAAAACAUAUACUUAAACGUUGUUAAUUUUGUAAUAGCCAUUAGUGACCCCCAAAAAGUUUAUUUUUGUAGCAAAUGUAAAUAUUUUCUUUGUUAUCCUCGCUUCUUCCAGGGAUGCGGUUACACAAACGAAGCGAGAGUCUUCAACAAAUGUUCCAAAACCGUCUACGUUUAUCGCUGGUUUGCGGGGCUGCAACUCGACAAAAACUACCAUGAAUGUUGUGGAUCUUACGUUGGACGUUGAUCAAACGUGAGAUAUUUCGUGCACCUUCAAUUGAUUCAACAACGGAGGCAGUUUUUGCGAAGAAUUUUUGUAAAUAAAAGUUUGUUCACCCUGUCGGUAUGUCGACAUUUUAUUUUGUGCAAAUAAAGAUUUUAGUAGUGGUUGAAUUUCGUAUUAAAGUCUUUAAGUCUAGCUCUGUUGUGUUUUCUGCCGUAUAAGGAGGUUGAGGCAGCGCAAUUCAUUCAUAUCCAGUACGUAUAAUUUUUACAGGCGAAGAAGC